AUGGGUCAAAAUCCAAACAUCGUACCCCCAGUGAGCAUCCCAAUCCCCACUAAAACAGGUUCCAGAAAGGGUGGUGAAUUCACCCAAUCCCACCAACAUGAGGCAAACAUAUAUGCAAAAUGCGGUUUUACCACCUGGCUGUGGCUCCAAAAACCCGGAACCCAACCAAAAAAAACGGAUUUCCCCCACCGAACGGUUCCAAACUCGCAUCCCCAACCGGACGGUUUUGACCACCCGCCAGGUGACAAGGCGAAGACGGGGUGCCUGGACGCCCGGGGCCUGGGGGCCAUCGACCCCUGGCGAACGGCCCUGGUGGCCAUGGCCACGCCCAAGCAGAAGCUGAUCGACCUGAAGAGCGAGCAGGACUGGCUGGAUGCAAAGGGCGACUCGCCCAUUAAGAUCAAUGUGGAUGUCUCUGUGGUGGAGAGCGAGCUUGGCAUGAGCAACGUCACGGUGGAGCUGCCGCUCACGGAGACCUGCGCCGCGGUGAAGGCGAAGCUGGUGGCCAUGGGCGUGCGCUCCAUCCCAGCCAACCGCAUGAAGCUGCACACGGAGCCUGUGGGCUUCCUUAAGGAGCGCUUCACCUUUGCCUUCUACAACCUGCAGAAUGGCGUGACCCUGGUUUUGUCCCAGCGCAAGCGCGCAGGCAGCAGGUUCCGCCGGGACCACACGGUGAUGCCGAAGCGCCCCAAGCCGCCCCCGGCGGAGAAGAAGCCGGAGCCACAGCCCGCGCCCGGCAAGGCCGCGGCGGCACUGCCAGAUUUGCCCAAGCUGCCCAACCUGCCGUCCAUGCCCGGCAUGACAGCGCCUGGCAUGGCCACAGCCAAGAUGCCGGGCAUGCCAGGCAUGCCCGGAAUGCCCAUGAGCAUGCCGGGCGGGAUGCCUGGGAUGGGGAUCCCGGGCAUGCCCUCUUUGCCCAACCUCCCGGGGCUCACGGUGCCCGGCGCAAUGCCUGGCAAGGCGCAGGGCAUGCCGAUGGGGGGCCCCACGGGACCAGGAAUGCCUGGGGGCUACCCCAAGAUGGGCAUGCCACAAAUGCCCGGCAUGCCCAUGGGUAUGCCGGGCAUGGGGAUGCCGGGAAUGGGCCCGGGCGGCCCGGGCGGGAUGCCCAUGGGAUGCGGCGCGGCGGCCAAAGGCAUGCCCAUGGGGCCUGGUGGGGCGAUGCCCAAGGCUCCCAUGUGA